AUGGCUAAGAAGAGCGUUAGUUCGUUGACUGAGGCUGACCUUAAGGGAAAGAGGGUGCUUGUCAGGGCUGAUCUGAACGUCCCUCUAGCCGGCGAUACGAUCACCGACGACACGCGCAUUCGCGCGGCCAUUCCCACCAUCAAGUACCUGACGGAGAAGGGUGCUAAGGUUCUUCUCGCGACCCACUUGGGACGUCCUAAGGGCGUCACCGAGAAGUACCGCCUGACACCUCUCGUUCCUCGGCUCUCAGAGCUUCUGGACCAGGAGGUGAAGAAGGUUGACGACUGCAUCGGCGAGGUCGUCGAGAAGGCCGUCGCAGAGCUUAAGGAGGGUGAGGUGCUGCUGCUCGAGAACGUGCGGUUCCACCCCGAGGAGGAGAAGAAUGUCCCGGAAUUCGCGCAGCAGCUCGCGGCGAACGCGGAUCUCUACGUCAAUGACGCGUUCGGCACGGCGCACCGCGCGCACGCGUCCACGGAGGGCGUGACCAAGUUCCUGAAGCCGUCCGUUGCUGGAUUCCUCCUUCAGAAGGAGCUGGAUUAUCUUGUUGGGGCCAUCGCUGAGCCCAAGCGGCCGCUGGUGGCUGUCGUGGGUGGAUCUAAGGUGUCCACCAAGAUCAGCGUGCUGGAGUCUCUUAUCAACAAGUGCGACGCGCUGCUGUUGGGCGGCGGCAUGAUCUUCACGUUUUACAAGGCGCAGGGCCUGUCGGUGGGGUCGUCGCUGGUGGAGACGAGCCAGGUGGAGCUGGCGGCCAGCCUUAUCAAGCUGGCCGAGGAGAAGAACGUCGACCUGCGCCUGCCCCUGGACGUCAAAGUCGCGGAUAAAUUCGAUAACGGCGCGAAUUCCAAGGUGGUUUCAGCAGACUCCAUUGAGGAUGGCUGGAUGGGUCUUGACAUUGGUCCUGACACCAUCGGUGCAUUCUCUGGUGUGCUGGAUGGCGCCAAGACCAUCAUCUGGAACGGCCCCAUGGGCGUCUUUGAGAUGUCAAACUUCGCUGGAGGAACCAAUGCUAUUGCCGCUAAGCUUGCAGAGAUGACAGGAAAGGGUGCCACAACCAUCAUUGGAGGGGGUGACAGCGUGGCAGCAGUGGAACAAGCAGGAUUGGCUGACAAGAUGAGCCACAUUUCAACAGGUGGCGGAGCCUCAUUGGAGCUGUUGGAGGGUAAGGUGCUCCCUGGUGUUGCUGCGCUCGACGAGGCAUGA